AUGCCUGUGACAAGGUCCAUCACACGAGCUCGCCCUAUGCCCCUACGAUGUGCCGUUGCGUGCUGUCGUUCGGGCAUACACCCUACCUCUCCGAGCUCGCCAGACGCCGUCUGGAUCACCAAUGCCGUCCUGAACCGAGCCAUUGAGCGAUUCCACCAUGCCCAUCCGAUCCCGUGCAGGCGUCUCAGCUCCUGCCCGGGCCCGAUCGAGAGCCGGCGACGUCUGGGCAAGCGCCACAUGACCGCCAUCCUCCCCGAAUCUCGCGCCUCGCCUUUACCUUGGACGAUCGAUCUGCCCUACAACCUCGGGGAAUGGACCUGGGAGGCUCCUAAUGCUCCAGCAGACCGCCACAAGAAAAAGCUGAGCCGCUUCGAGCGGCUCAUCAGAUGGCUCGAGGGACCCACGCAGGAGGACGCUUCGAUACCUGCUCCGACACCCACAAACCCAGCGGAGACGAUACCAGCAGAGACCGUACCAGCGGAGGCCAUAUCAGAGGCCCAGGAAGUGCUGGCUGAGUUUAGAGAUGCUCUCGCCAGCCUCCAAGGGAGACAGAGCAGAGCGAGUCUCUCUAAGGCGUGCGGACCCUACACGAGCCGAAUUCUUGAAUUGAUUCGGUUGAGAGCGAUCUCCCUCGACGACAUGACAUCGGCCCUGGAUCCAUUUGACUCGCGCAUCAGGGAAAAGGUGCCCGCCCAAAUCCUCGACUGUAUCCACGCAUGGUACCUGCAAGAGGUCGUCCACGCUAUACAUGCCAGUCGAACCGUACCGUCAAAUGAUGCAUUCGGCAAGGAGUUUUGGGAUCAAUUCUUUGACCAGGUGAUCGCAUUGACACCACAGCGACCGACAUUCCGUCUUUUCCAAACACUUGUUAUCAAGGGCGUACAAAAGAUAGAUUUCAAGACGGUUCCCGAGUACUAUCGGCGCCUAUUCCGGGCGCACAUCCUGCAUCAGGCGUCUCUCCCUCAACAGAACGCAGCCCGAGCCGCAGAACAACAUGCAACGCUUUUUGAACAAGUCAAGUUUUUCAGGAAGGGAGGCCUUGUGGAGUUCUGCAACAAACUGAUCGAAUCCUGCAUGGAGAUCCCAGGUGACGACGAGUUUCGCAAAAGAACUGCCUAUCACCUGCUCCAGACCUUGGCGUAUAUCAUUCCCCUCAGCAAGUCGACUUUCGGUCGGUUUGCCAGUCGGAUCAACGGGACAGCCCCGUGGAGAAAAGAGGAGGCCUUCAUCCUCGUCAGAGCCCGCCUGCUCUCGAAGGCGCGCAACCGAAUCAAUGUGGCAGCAUAUUACCACCGAUCCUUGAACAUGCGCGACGGUCACCACUGGACUUGGCUGAUCAAGGCUGCCCUCGGCGACAGCUCGGAAAGACAACUCCAGAACCUGCGAACCCUGACUCACUCCUGCAACAUCGUUGGCAACCUGGACGCGCUUCUCAUGGCAGCAGCUCGGAUGCGAGACGGCGGGUCGCUCCUCCGAGAUAUCCUUGUGGCAAGCCGCGACCCUUAUGUCGCUGUCGCCGCGUGGGCGACGUACAACGAGGGACGAGAAACAAAGGCCAAGUGGGGCUGGCACAUAUGGCUGCCCUACAUCAGGGCCUUGAUAGAGGACCCUGAGAUCGACAUCGCCCUCAUCUGGGACGCUGUCGACCUUUUGCCGUUCAAGUCCAUGCAGAUAUUGCCCCCGAAGUACCAUUGGGAAGGCAUCGGAGACAGGAUGACGUUGCUGGAGAGGAUGGCUGACUGGUUCAUGCUGAGGACCGACGUCACUCCUCGGCAACAGCUUAGAUUCGUCGAGAAGUGCAUCGCGCACGGCCAGGUCGCAGGAGGACCCAUGUCGAAGCGCCUCAUGGCCAACCUAGCCAAGCUCGUCAUCAGGGAUCUAGAGGAGGGCAGCCUGGGUCGCACCGCUCGGCUGCAGUACCUGAUCAAGAUGGUAGAACUGCAUCUGGGCCCAGAGGAAGCGGCAAAGGUCAGGCAUCAGCUGGAAGGAUGGAGAUGGAUCGUCGUCAACCAAGACUUCGGCAACAAGCCCAAGACCAAGUUUGACCUGGAAGAGGAGCUGGACGAGCUGGGAGUGGAGAUGGAUCAAUACCAGACCCGCCAGGGACUUUUGGAGGAGGAACUGAUGUCUGAUUCUGAAUAUGACCUUGAGGAGUAUGGGAGCUGA